GAGCACUAGAUCCAGCAGCCAUCGGGGGCGGGCCAGCCCAAGGGGCUGCCUUCCCCGCAGUGACGUCCCAGGAGGCGGAGGGGCAACCAACUAACGGACUCUGCGCCCUCCCGGACUCCUCCCAGUCAGUGGGUCCUUCGGAGAUGCGGCUGCCUUGGUGGCAGUUGCCCAAACGCAGCCGCCUGUGUGCCCACUUCUCUGCCUUAGUUCUGGGGUGUCGGGACGCACUGGAGUCCAGCAAUGCAGCCAGGACCAGCGCUGAGGGCCGUGUUGCUGGCUGUGCUGCUGGCAGAACCGCGGGGUUCGAAGGGUCGCCUGCUGAGCGCCUCGGACUUGGACCCCAGAGGAGGGCAGCUGGUCUGCCGGGGAGGGACUCGGAGGCCCUGCUACAAAGUCAUUUACUUCCGUGAUGCUUUUCAAAGAGUGAACUUUGAGGAAGCCAACGAAGCCUGCAGGAGAGAUGGGGGACAGCUAGUCAGUAUCGAAACAGAAGAUGAACAGAGACUGAUAGAAAAGUUCAUUGAAAACCUCUUGGCGUCUGAUGGUGAUUUCUGGAUUGGCCUCAGGAGGCUGGAGGAGAAGCAGGGCAACAGCACAGUCUGCCAGGACCUUUAUGCUUGGACAGAUGGAAGCACAUCACAAUUCAGGAACUGGUAUGUGGAUGAACCUUCCUGUGGCAGCGAGGUCUGCGUGGUCAUGUACCAUCAGCCAUCGGCACCAGCGGGCAUCGGGGGCUCAUACAUGUUCCAGUGGAACGAUGACCGGUGCAACAUGAAGAACAAUUUCAUUUGCAAAUACGCUGACGAGAAACCAAGUACAACACCUUCUAUAAGGCCUGGAGGUGAAGCAACUGAGCCAGCAACACCAUCACUUCCAGAAGAAACACAGAAAGAAGACAUCAAAGAAACAUUUGAAGAAAGCAGAGGGGCUGCUUUGAAUCUUGCCUACAUCCUAAUCCCCAGCUUGAUUCCCCUUUUCCUCCUACUAGUGGUCCUUUCAGCUGCAUGCUGGCUUUGCAUCUGCAGAAGGAGAAAACAAGAGCAGUCAGACCCUGGCACAAAGGAGCAACACACCAUUUGGCCCACUCCUCACCAAGAAAACAGCCCCAACCUAGAUGUUUACAAUGUCAUUAGAAAACAAAGUGAAGCCGAUUUAGCUGAGCCCCGGCCAGAUCUGAAGAACAUCUCAUUCCGGGUGUGUUCUGGUGAAGCCACUCCCGAUGACCUAUCUUGUGACUAUGACAACAUGGCUGUGAACCCUUCAGAAAGUGGGUUUGUAACUCUGGCAAGUAUGGAGAGUGGAUUUGUGACCAAUGAUAUUUAUGAGUUCUCCCCGGACAGAAUGGGGAGGAGCAAGGAGAGUGGAUGGGUGGAAAAUGAAAUAUAUUACUAAGACAUGUGAAAAAAAAAAAACAGCAAAAAUGAGAAAAGAAAAAGCAAAAGCCUCCUGUUUCGUAUAAGGAAAAUGUUCAGAACUUUUAUGAAAAUGCUAGAUCAGUUCUUAGGGUGAGCACAGAAUCUUCACAAGUUCCUCCUGGGUCCCCAAGUUCUGGCUAUACCCCUUAUCCCAGAGCCUCCCUCAGCUCAGCCUUGUGAGAAGGCACCUUGCCCAGGGGCUGCUAUACAGCAGACCCUCAGCAACUGUCAGCCAGUGGGUUACAACUGAUGCUUUCACCAGUCAGGGGAAAGAUGUGACCAAGGAGCUUGGAAAGCUCCCUCUAGUUUCUGUUCUCCUUGCUCUCGACAGCAACACGUGCAAUCACAAAAAGACAGACACUGUGGAAUCUUUUCAAAGCCUAUGUAUGGAAGCUCCAGGCUGGCCUGCACAUCAAUUCCCAUAUCUGCCCCCUCAUCCCAAAUAAAAUCCAAUGAAAAGCAGGAAGCAGAAUGUUAGUCAGUGUGUGUUUACAGCCCUUCCUUUGCAUGUGGCCUCAGGGGACCUUUUUUUUUUUUUUUUUUUAAUUCUCCCGACAUCUAAACUUGGAAAAACCCAACUUGGAAAUUACUUUAGAAAGUAAAAAUGAAGCUUGCACUUGCUUCAGGGCUCCUUGUUCUCCUGGCUCAGACAGUAUGCGUUGUUCUGGGGAUGGGUGGCAGCAGCAUUGGAGACUGUGUAGGCAGAAAGACUGGUGAGAGAAGUAGACAUACUAAGGAUAAGAAGAAGCAAGCUUCUCAUUCCCAAAGAAGGCAGUCACAGGCAUCAGAGGGAGAAAACUGGAAUAGACACUAUCAUGUUCGGUGCAAAUAGAAAACAGUGGAGUGUAGCAUGAAUCUUAAAAGUUCUUAUUAAUAAAAUCAAACCCGAGGCCAGUUAUUGGGGUCCAUGC